AUGCCAUUACAAACGACGACCCGCGCGCCCCGACCGCUGGCGUCCACUUCGAUGCCACCACCCACCAGUAUACCUCAUCGGAAGCACGGACAUACCGCCGCAUCUUAUGCAGCCCCGGCGCUAGCAGGCCUCGCUGACGCUGUCGUCCUCCCCUCCAACCCCGCCCCGCCUGCCCCGGUCCUGACGACCGAGGACGCCGUUCACGCCUGGCCCGCGACUCCGGGAUAUCGCGGGUUCAUUGACUGGUUGCGCGUACGGUGCGAACGGAUCCGCGGGCGCCCAAUCGUUGACGGGCCUCCCGCGUAUGACGGUGCUUCCGAGACCACUACCACGUUCCUCCGCCUCCUCGACGCCAUGGUCGACUGGGUUGACGAGGUCCCACCUUUCCCACAGGAGAACCAGCGCUUCGGAAAUCGCGCGUUUCGAGACUAUAUCGGGCUCGUGGAGAAGCGACUCCCGUCUUACUUCCCGGAGAGCCUGCCACCACACCUUCUUGACCAGCUCCUCCCACUUCUGAUUCAGUCUCAUGCGUUCGGUCACCCCACACGUUUAGAUUACGGAACGGGACACGAGCUCGCCUUCAUCCUCGGCCUCUGGGUGUGCGUCGUCUCCGGCUGGGCAGGCGACGCGGACGCGCAGGACCAGCUUGUGCUUCGAGUCUUUCCUCGCUACCUCGACCUCACGACCAAGCUGCAAGCAAUGUACCGACUCGAGCCGGCGGGCUCCCACGGUGUGUGGGGCCUCGACGACUUUGCUUUCCUUCCGUACCUCUUCGGUUCCGCGCAGCUGCUCGGCGGACCCACGUCGCCAGCGGAGGCACUCAAGUUAGCAACAACGACUGAGGCGCCGUUCACUGACCUGUAUACGCUCACUUUGCAUCGAGUGGGUCUGUUUAAACGCGGUGCAGCGUUCAGCGAGCAUUCCCCACUCCUGGAUAGCCUGUCGACAUUCCCGAACUGGGUCAAGCCACACAGCGGGUUACUUAAGAUGUUCCAGGCCGAAGUGCUCGGCAAGCGUGUUGUUGUGCAGGGCCUCUGGGUAGGUGGGUGGUGCUGGGGUGAGCACAUUCCCAGCCCCGAAGUGUCGCAGGACGAUGAGCCUGUGUCGGAGGGCGGAGCAGCGACAGCUGCUCCCUGGAAGGCCGAGCAACUGCGCCGCGCAAACGAGGCGUGGGGCCACUAA